UCCGCCUAUUCGUCGUCUAUCGCUCAAUGAGACCCCGGAACGAACGGUGAAAAGAAACAAACAGGACGACCGCAAUAAUCGCUCGAGAAAUGACGGGCCCAAGAUCCGAGCCCAUGCAUUUUUUCGUCACUUGAGUUUACCCUGCAAAACAUCAUUAUUCGAGUCGUCUCCGUCGAUAAAUCGCUGCAUUUCUUUUUUCAUCGAUUCUUUAUCCAGUCUUCGUGUGAUACAUUGAUUUUUAUUGCUGCAUUAAUGACAACGUUUAUGAGGUGCAUCGUUGGAAAAAGAAAAGCUGAUAACUAAAGAGUGCCAGAAAAUCAGACCUAAAAUUAUUUGCAAUUUUUUGUUUCACAAAAGAACUUUUCCCUUCCCAAUGCUCGUUUCUACACAGCUGAUCGAUAUAAACGAAAUAAAUGCGAUAAGCCACGUUUCUUUUCUGAGUUUAUUCGCGUAACUCGCAUCGAAGCGCGGAGUUUUCAACAAGUUUACUUUGGAAUGAGAACGUGAGCUAAAACACCUUGCGACAGUGACGAUUCGCACGACGUUAUCUAGUGAACUUUUAGUUCUCUCCAAUACGAUCUUCUGUGCUAAAAGUAAAAGAAAAGUACGCACACGCUCACACAUUAAAGUACACGCUCGUGCGCGCGCGUUCAGAGUGCGAAGAAUUACGUCGUCCACAGGAGCCAAGACAAUCGGGAACCACAGUAUACGAGGGACGACAAAAUACGAAGAGAAAAAUAGUAGUAGAGAGCAAAAAAGAUACUCAAAGUUUCAAGAAAUGGAGAGUUGAAAGUUCAGUUUUAAGUUUUGCGGUGCGGCCUAUUUCACCAAGUUCGAAUACCAAGAAGAACUGACCUACGAGCAUGUCUGGGAGAUGACUGGAGGAUAUUGAGGUCCGGGGUGGCGUAGCAGUGAAGGAUACAAAAACCGGAGCGGUGCUGUUUGCCAGAUAAGGAUCGGGGCAUGGAGGGUAACGGGACAGUUGACCUCAGUCUGAAUGCAACCGAGACUAAUCGCACGUCCUCGCCGAUCUACACCAUUGGCUCGGACUUCAUAACAAAAUGGCGUGUAACGAAACUACAAAGACAAAAAGAACGUCUUUGUCGUUACGUUUACGAGGACCUGACCGCCGAGUGUACGCAGCUCAACGGUACGUGGGUUGACCCCAACGAUCCAAGAUGGGCCAGCGGCGAAUACGCCGAACUGCUACCCGACUGGUUUUCGAUAAACGUGACAAACUCCACGAACACUUCUUUCCUGGGGAACAGCACCACUCGCUUGACUCAGGAUGAAUACCUGAGCAUUGAGCCACCCUUCGAGCUAUGGCAAACCGUCCUGAUAGCUCUUUGCCUCGCGAUCUGCAUAGUCCUUACCGUAGGCGGCAACAUCCUUGUCCUUCUGGCUUUCAUCGUGGACAGAACGAUCAGACAGCCGAGUAACUAUUUUAUCGCAUCGCUCGCAGCGACCGACAUGCUGAUCGGUACAGUUUCCAUGCCGUUUUACACUGUAUACGUGCUGAUGGGCUACUGGGAUCUCGGUCCGAUGCUUUGCGACCUCUGGCUCUCCGUAGACUACACCGUCUGUCUAGUCUCCCAAUAUACAGUGCUUCUCAUUACGAUAGAUCGUUUUUGUUCGGUCAAAAUCGCGGCCAAGUACAGAAGCUGGCGGACGAAAAAUCGCGUUAUUUGGAUGGUAACGAUAACGUGGAUCAUUCCUGCUCUUUUAUUCUUCAUAAGCAUAUUUGGGUGGGAACAUUUUAUCGGGUACAGGGACUUACUUCCGGGUGAAUGUACCGUGCAGUUUCUCAAAGAUCCGGUUUUCAAUACGGCCCUUAUAAUCACGUACUACUGGACCACUUUGGUAGUACUUUUCAUCCUGUACGGUGGUAUUUACAAGACUGCAUACGACAUGCAAAAGAAGAGUGAGGCAAAACAGCGAAAAAUGCAGUCAAUGGUUGCUCUCAGCGCUGGAGCAAUGUCAGGAAUGGCAGGGCGUGCAGCUGGCAUAGGAAUAUCUAAGACCCAAAGUACGCUCCUGAGUCAGGACAAGCCGAAAAGUGGUGGGGGUUCGGCAACAACGGGAGUUUCACAAAAUUCUGGUAACGACGACGCUGAUACGGAAAUAGCGGAAACGAUGUCAUCAAAACCGACUGGUGCUCAUGGAACGACGGAUGCGAGUUCAAAACAGACUCCGGCUUUGGAGGCCGAAAAAUCGGAGCGGUCGAGCAGCCCUGCAUUCGACUCGGAUGAAGACAGUACUGUGGGUACGAAUCAGCAGGCUUACAACCUCAGGAAGAGGUCCUCACUCGCUGGCCUCGUAGUUUCAUCCGGCGCUCUGCAGGUCUUCACCACAAAUGGCAGAAUAAACGGUCUGGUUCCGGUCAAAGUGGAGAUGAACGCGCAAACGAGAAAAGUUUCUCCAACCGGUUCAGCGCGAGAAAUUAUUCAACCGGUGAGUCAGAAAGCUCAAACACUGCCGAAGAUUCAAGAACUGAGCAGUCUCGCUGACAACGAGAUACCGAUAGAACCCGAAAAAUCUAGCAGUACACUUACCCCUGAACAAUCCUUGAGGUCGAACGAGGUUGAGGCUAACCGCUCGUUAGCAGUUUCGGACAACACACCACCUCCCGAAAUAAAAAACAAAGCUAACGAAAAGACUGGCAGUCAACUGAGCAUAAUUCCUCCACCGACCCAGUUCCAGAGCAGCCCACCCGUUUCCGAGGAUAAUUCAAUAUCGUCAUCGACCGACAGACCGAAGACACUUGUCGUACUAAAUCAGGCUCCAGGCACAUACGACAUCCUUACCGGAUUAGACGGCGCUGAUCUCCGCUACAUGGACGAGAGUUCGGUCAUAGUGCCCAGUCCUUCCUACGAAAGCCCACCAUCUUCGUUCUCUUGUAGCCUCGCUAAUCCUCUGUCCACUGCGCCAUCCUCCCCAAUAUUAGGUGUACAUACCGGCACUUCAGCGGCUAAUACUAGUUUGCUUCAAGCAGCUUUGAUAAGGGCGACUGCCCAACAAGCAGGCACGGCUCAACCACCAGCGCCACAACUCAAUCAUCCACUUCUCACGAAUGCCGCGUGCCAAACGCAUCCACCGAGGGUAUUCGUCACUCACCAAACGCACGCGGCUUCACAAACUUCGCCAACCGUCAGCAAAGUCAAUACAGAAGUAACUGUCAAAGUUGAAGACAUCAAACGGCAACCCAUCACGAGCGUAGUCGCUGCAACACCGAUCGAAUUGUCGAACAGUACGACCGAAAGAUUUUCUGAUCAACCAGCAGUUAAAUCGAAUGUCAAUCCACCCCAACAUUCGUCUUCGAGCAGCGCUGUUCCAACAAUCUCCGGCACGACCAGCGGAGAGGCGAGAAAACAGUCGAAGAAAAAGGACACCCGGGAAAAUCAAGAAGGCAGCGGCUCACGAAAAGAAUUUGUCAAAUCCAUAGGGCGCAGGCUCAAAGCCAAGACCCAGAAAAAGGACCCAACCGUCGGAAGACAAAAAUCACGAACGGAAAACCGAGCUCGCAAAGCUUUCAGGACAAUAUCAUUCAUUCUUGGUGCUUUUGUAGCUUGCUGGACACCUUAUCACAUCCUUGCACUGGUCGAAGGCUUCUGCUCCGAGCCCCCGUGCACGAACAAACAUCUUUUCAUGUUCUCGUAUUUUCUCUGCUACGCCAAUAGUCCCAUGAAUCCGUUCUGCUACGCCAUGGCGAAUCAACAGUUCAAGAAAACUUUUACGAGGAUACUCAAAGGCGAUUUCCAUAUGACGUAAGAGGGAAUAUCGUUAAUGUCGAUCAACGAUUAUGAUUGAUUAUGAUUCAUGGAUUAAUCGCCAUGGAGAAAUAUAUUAUUUAUUAAGCACGAAUAUGCGUGGUGUGAAAGGACAAUAAUCUAGUCAAAUGCCUGUUUUUAUCAAUGUCUACAUAAGAUACUCAAUCACGUAAUAGAAAGUGCUUUAAGAAGAGACUAAGAAAGGAAAGAAAAUACAGAUUGAAAAUAUCGUUUGAUGCCAUAAAUAUUGUGUAAAUAGUAGAAUAGUUAGAUCAACGUUAAGGGAAGAAAUGGCAUGUAGAAUAAGAUGGACAGUGUCGAUGUUCUUUUGGGACCUAAACAGAGGUGUAUAUAAUGUAUAUGUGUGAAUAUUUGUUGAAUGAUGUUGAGCUAACUAAAUGGAAGAUAUAUAAAGUCAGUUAGAGGAUGUAUUAUAAUUAAGAAAAUCUAAUGAUCGAACAGUCUUAUGGCUUACGUAGAAACUGCUCGAUUGAAAAUCAAUUGUAACAACGAUCCAUCGAUCACGCAGGAAAAAUAUAGAAUGAAACCAAAAAGUUAGAUGGCUUCAGAUUUGAUUUAGGAACAAAUAGUUGCGAGAAAAUACGUCGAUGACAAAUCGUUUGAGAAUUUCGUUUUUAAGCGGUAUAAUAUAAAAGUUUUUAAACGUUUAACGAGGGCUGAAAGCACUCGAUAUGAAAGACGAAAAGUGAAAUCAAUAUUCGUGAGUCUCAGAUCGCUGGGAAACGAUAUUUAAGAAAAAAAACCCGUUAAAUCCGUACAUUUGUAGGGAUGCUAUCAAUUUUGGUCAGUAGAUGAUAUAAUAGAUUAUCAAAGUCGUGAGAAAGAGCAAGUGCAAUGAAACGGGAAUGAAAAUAUGGCUCGGAUUAAAUGAAAUCCCGCGUUGGAUCGGCCGAGAUUCGAGCUCGACAAUGUGGAGCCAUAUCCUAAAUGGAUCCUUACGCACACUGCCUGAAGUGGCCUACGAGCACGCAGGCCUUUUUCAACAAAAUAAAAAAAUGAAAUUAACGAAUUUCCUCGAAUCCUCGACGAUCCACGUGAUAAUACCGGUUGAUCGUCAUUAUGCUCAUGGAAUAUAUUUGAAUCGUCCAUUCGAUUCAAUAGCGGAGGACGUGCUGAUGCAUACGAAGAGGGAUCACGAGAGUUAACAAAGAUUUCCAUCAAGCCUAGCUCUAACGGUGCACAAUUGUUUCUGUCAGUCGCGUGCUGCUUACGCGUCACGAUGCAUUCUUAGUAUUUGAUUUUGUAUAUGUAUCUACGUUUAUGUAUACGUGUCCAGUAUAAAUUCAAGUAUAUUCACAUUUGUGUGAUAAAAUGAAAGCUAGAAACGUAAUCCCAACUUGAGCAACUCUUGGCUCAAAGAAUUUUGACAAAAAGACUGCAAUUAUUUCGCUUUGAUGACGCAGGCAGAGUUCGUUUCCUAUUCAACUGGUUACAGUACGAAAAACUUUUAGUUUGUUGACAACUGUGCAAAGUUUCAAUUAUCGUUGCAACACACUGUUUUAGAUUUUUCCAAAAAAAGCACUUUCUUUUGUCGACUAAUUUAUCGGAUCGUUUAAGGGAUCAUUUUUAAUCAAAUUCAUCGCCAUUAUUCCGAGCUCUAUUUCAAAAUCGAUUUAGUGUGGUAGUCAAAAUUUGAAAAAUGACCGUAUCACUUGAAAAAAUAAAGUAGAAUUUUUAUGCUCAUUUCUUACGACGGUGAUUGAGCAGCAAUGAACAGACUCCAAUAGGAAUAUUCAUCCCACAAAGUUUUCUUUCGUAAAUCAUUAUUUCAUUUUCUAAUGGAAAUCACCUUGUAGAUGUCUAAAACAAUGUUGAAGGUUGCGUCCAGGGAACCAUCAUCAAAAAUCCAUCUUGUCAAGAAAUGAGGCUCUUAAUCCGAGUCCUACUUCCAUUUCUAGUCUAUUCUAUAUCUUGUGAAGACGCACAGCAGCGUCUUUAUCAAAUUAGGUGAAUAUUUGUCUGUAUUUAUAUACAUGUAUAGCUGAAAAUUAAUUAAAACUCGCUACUAUUAAGCUUUAUUGGAGGAAUAUUAUUUAUUCUUGGCUCGCUACGUUCGCACAACUUUUACGCUUAAAUCGUCAUCGUUCCACUACAAACAGGUUGCAAAUCGAUUGUAUUCGUAUCAAUAAUGAUGGGGAAGAUCGAAGACCGUUCGUAUACUUCCAGCACUUUUUUUCCUUACCCCGGCUUAUAUUCCAUAACCAUUUAUGUAAAUAUAAAUAAAAAAAAGGAGUUUAUAGACGAAUACAUAGAUGAAUUAAGGCAAAGAAACAGCAGAGAAAACCGUGAACAUUUCGAGUCUUUCUUCGUCGUCUAACUUCGUUGAUAACUUACGAUGUACAGCCAUCAACGAAUGAUUCAAUAUACCGAGAACAGCUUUUUUACCUUAUUUUUUCAUGUUUGUUUUUUACCUGAAAAAUUGUCCGGAUAUUUACUCAACGGAAUCAUAUAUUUCUGAAGGAGGAUGAGACUAUAUGGGAACGAUGAAGAUAAUAUAAACUUGUAUAUUGCAAAAGAGAACAGGAAGAGAGAACAAUUUUACGAGAAGUGCCAAGGCAAGUCAUUAGAAAAAGAGAGAAUACAAAAACGUAUAGUCUUCGAAAGAGUCGAUUGAAAGUAGUGAUAAAAACCUGAGCAAGUGAAAUGGCACAAAUUUUCAAACGUUGCAGUAUUUGACAUUUCAAAACCGUAUUCGCAAAAACAUGUGCAAUUUCGGACCAAAUUUUUAAUGAAACCUUCUCUCCAUUAAAUAGUUGAAUCGACGAAGAAAAUUUGGCAUUCAAAUGAGCGAGUUAAACAAACGUUUAAGUUUCCUACAUUAUUAUCUAAGCAGUGGAUGAAGUUUGUAAAUAAAUAGGGGAAGAAAAAAAACGAGAAAAUAUGUGCGGGAUGCGUUAGAACCACUGUUUGUCACUGUACCUACAUAAAAUGAUGUAUAAACAUCUGACCACGUUCCCACGAAAUGAAACCCAAUUUACAAUAUGAGAAAGAAGAUCCAGAAAGUGAAUAUUUUUCUGCAUACCUCGUUUGGAUCGUGAUAUCACGUAAACAAAACAAAAACGCUAUGAAGAUUUUUUCUUUUCUUCUCUAAUGUCCCUGCGCAUGGACGGAGAUGUCAAUUUAUUCAAGUAGCGAACGAUCGAAUCGUUCGAUCUUUUGUAUAUAAAUAUAUAAACUUAUAUUAAUGAGAGGACACGGAUGCAGCGAAGGAGAAGAGCUAAAAAUUGUUGAAACCAAAAUAGACAUAUAAGAAACGACGUUGUAACGUUUAGAAUAAAAUACCCGUACGAAUAACCGGAUGGAUCAGUUGGAAUUACAAAAGUAAUGAUAGACUUUAGGUUAUAAUAUCGAAGAAAAAACAAACACGUUAGAUUCAACUAUAGAAUAUUGUUAGAUUUUAGGAGAAGUUAAAUGAAGAACUGUAACAUUAAGGAGUGUCGCACCGAAAACAAUACUCAAUGAAAACGCCCAGAUACUUAGAUAUAUAUACAUAUAUAUGUAUGCAUAUAUAUACUCUCGAUAAUCGAUCGUGUUUUCCAAUCAGAUUCUAUCCGCCGACUCUUCCUUUCAUUUCCGUAUGGAACGGAAGUUCUACACUGUUCUACACACACGAACAUACACUCACAACGACAGUUCAUCGUAAUUUGAAAUUGUCAAGGACGUGUGCAUUGCCUCCCGAAACCUUUGACCCUACCUCAGCAAGAAAAAGAAUUUUAACAAAAUGUAUACCCACAUAGAGAUAGAGAUACUAGAAAAGAAUAAUAAAAGAAGUUGACGUUCUGGCUUAGUUCAAUAGCUUAGACGCAUGCCAGCUAAAAACUUGGCCUAAUCGCACAUUCCUGCAGAUCCAUACUGUACCCGAAUCGCGUCAAUAUCCAAGCUUCAGUGUUCGCCAAUCGACAAACAAACGAAAAUGCUAAUUCAUCACUCAAUAAAUGAUCCUCGAUAGAUUCAUUUAUUGCUUUUCGAUCUCUCGAUCAAACUCCAUUUUUUCUACCUUCAUGGCAUUACUUUUUUCAUGAUUGUGAGUUCCGAGUCAUCCUGGUUUGGGAUAUGCUUUCGGAGGUAACUUCGAUAAUUGGUUUUAACGUCCGGAAAAAAAUUGUGGAGUCUACUGCUAAAAAUGUGAGGAUUCUUCAUUACUUUGAGAAACUGAUACGUUCUGAAAUAUCUUAAGUGUAUAUAAUACAGAAAAGUAUGAAAAAUACAAAUUAAUCAUUCGACCGAAACCAAUGUGAAAGACGCGAUAUUAUUUUGUGAACUAAAAUAAACGAACAUUUUCAACAACACACGAGCUAAUUGAAAUUGUACAUUAUAUACGUAUAACGAUUCCGGUGCAUGGGACAAUACACAGUUUUAUGCGUGCUUUGCUCGACAAUCUCACGACGCAAUUUUAAGCAUCUACAGAGCAACUGUUUCAAUAAAUUUAACAUUAAUGUACACGCCGCAGACUUGCAUUACCUGCGCGUUUUCCAAAGCCCGAAAAAAAGUUUUCCUGACGCUUCGUAGCUUUGACAGCCGAGCAUUAAAAUGAUUCAAAUUUAGUCACGAACUCGAUUUAUUUGGGAGUUGCAAUCUACUUACGAUAGCUUCAAAAAUUAAUUCAAUCAAAAUGAGUUUUUUAAAUGCGGAAACAAAAGUUGUUUUUUUUUUUUUCAUUACAGGAUAAAUCAUACGAACAUUAACGAACUGUGUUUCCAAGAGGUCGUUUUAUAAUAGUGUGCUGUUAAAAUAAAGUUACAGAUUAUCUAGCGUAAAAAUGUACAGUUUCGAUUUAUUUUUACAUUAUACCAUAACCAUAUGUAGUGUGAGAAAUUUUCCACUCGAAUCUCAAGUUUUCUUGGUGCUGAAGACUUUUAUUAUUCUCUUCGACUCAGAUCUAUCAUUUUAUAACGACCGUGUCGUUAGAAAUACUGUAUAAUUAGCGUGUCAACAUGUACAAGUAUAUACAGAAGGCUGAAAUAAAAGGUGGAAAAUAUAAA